CCGAGAAUAAUCAAGGAGGCUGAAAAAUUCUCUCUGUAAUUCACAACAACGCAGGGGCCAGAAUACCAGCCGGAUAUCGAAUAGCGUCCCUGCCGAAAACUCGGUAUCAUUAAGACUCAGGAGACGUGGAGUUUUAAUCCGGAAGGCCAACUCAAAAGAGUCUUUGGGAACCGAAAGGUUCAUUACUUCGUUAAAAAUGGUGGGAGUACCUUACACUGAAUCUCAGAGGUGGGGUUAUGUUAGGAUCAUCACGGGAACGAUUCUCGGAGGGGCACUCGGAUUUUACGUUAUGCACCGGUUGGAAGUAUCUCACAAGGAGAAAAUGAAAAAGAGGUUGAUCGAGUACGAGAAGGAAAAGGAAAAGAGGAUGAUUCUUAAAGGCGAUUUGGAAUCCGAGUUUGCGGAAUCAGACCUUUCUUAGCUUCUUCAAAGCUUCACCGUUUUUUUGUUCUUCUUUUUAUUUAGUUAGAAAGACUUAUUGUUUUGAUUAAGGAUUUUGAGGAAAAAAUUUGUAACGAUGAUGCUACACUUCAGCAAUCCUGCAAAAUUGAAAACCAAAAGGGUAACUAUUCAAUCUCUUUUUUAAUCUCAUUCUUGUGUUACUUUAGCGGUUCUUAGGUAUCUAUGUGUUGACCUUUCGUCUCUCAAUAAUCAAUUGACCAUAAUGUUCUUGUUUUUUAAUUGGUAUAAAUAGAUGCUGCUUGCUUUGAUGA